AUGAAAACUUUCUGGGCUAUAUACCAGAACAACGUUGCGCAUCUAAUUGCUGUUCCCCAUUUGCCUACCACCGCCAAGAUAUUUGACGACGCCUCAAAAGGCUCGAGUGUUGAUCCUGCAAGCGAAGCACUCCUUUUCUCGGUUUGUUAUGCCGCUGUGGUCAGUAUGAAUCCGGCGCAGCUUCAGUCGGCACAAGGGUUGGAAUACCAAGCAACAAUGCGAGCGUAUGGAAGGGCGGUAGAUCAGGCACUGAAUCGAGCGGACUUCGUCAACUCCCCAGGAAUCUUCGCUCUUCAAGCUGCGGUACUAUAUCUUCUCUGCGCACGCGUUCAUGGGAAUACAAGACUUGUGUGGGCUCGAUCCGCUAUGGUGAUCCGUCUUGCACAAGCGCAGGGCUUUCACCGCGAUGGGUCGAAGGCCGGUCUAUCGCAGUUCGAGACGGAGAUUCGCCGACGCCUUUGGUGGCAUGUUUGCAUAAUGGACAUGCUCUGCUCCGAGGACGAAGGUGUAAACAUGCAGAUCGGACCUGGGACAUUCGAUACCCAGUUCCCAAUAAACGUGGAUGGCGUUGACCUAACACCGCUCAUGCGCGAGCUUCCUCCUGGGAAGAGGGACUUAACCGAUAUCACCCUUUGCAUUAUUAACUGUUUCAUGAUCGACGAAUUCCUUUCAUCAACACGGCCACUGGGCACAGUCGAGUCUUUGGAAGAUCGACGAAGUCGGAUCAGGCUGCAUCUCAUCCGCGACAUGAUAGAGAGCCAGCCACUUGAUACAUCUAGAAUGACCGAAGAGGCAGAAUGCAGCGAGGCUACGAUAAUAAAUAUUCCCGCAAACUUGCGGCAAUUUGGAAGUGUGCACGCACCACCGACUCGAAUAGGACGGAAACGGACUGUAACACCGUUGAUGAUCGAAGCCCUCUGCGAACGACUGUCUGAAAAGCCCGGUUUAUACCUCGAUGAGAUGGCUGUUUUUCUCUGGGAUGAAUUCCGCACCCUAGUCACAACUUCCAGCAUCAGACGAGCCCUUGUUGCCAAAGAUGAAUCCGGAUGCGAUAAAAGGGUUGGGUUCAGGCGCACAGGCUGGUCACCAAUUGGUGUGUCCCCUAUGCAAGUUUCACAACUUCACCGCGUCCAGCGAUAUCAGAUACUGCCUGCAUAUGCCCAGGAUGGAAUCGUUUUCUCGCGUGUCUUCCGUGGGUCCACAGAUGCCACCGUGUUCGAAGACUUCAUAGCGCAGCUUCUUCAGCACUGCGGAAGAUGGCCCGAAGCUAAAUAUGCUCUGGUCAUGGAUAACGCCUCGUUUCAUCAUUCAGAGCGGAUAACGCAGAUGUGUGUGGAUGCAGGGGUAAUAUUUGUCUAUCUGCCACCCUACUCGCCGGACUUGAAUCCGAUUGAAGAGUUUUUCGCUGAGCCCAAAGCCUUUAUGAAACGCAACUGGAACUAUUAUGAAGUAGACCCAGAUCAAGACUUUGAAGUCUUUCUUGGUGGUGUAUUGAUGUGGUGCACAAAGAGGGAGUGCUAG